AUGGUUAUAGUAGAAAAGGACACAAAAAUGCAAUUGGAGAAAUGGCUGAGGGUGGAAGAAAGUAUCAUGAAACAAAAGUCUAGAGUACAGUGGCUGAAUUUAGGAGAUGCUAACACAACCUAUUUCUUUGCAAGUAUGAAAAUUAGAUAUUCCCAAAACAAGAUCAAGAGCUUAAUAAGGAACAAUGGGGAAGUGGUACAAACAAAACAAGAGAUUGAAGAGGAAGUGCUUGGGUUCUAUAAGCAACUAUUGGGAUCAGUAACUGAAAGAUUGACUGCUAUUAAUCCAGUAGUUAUGAUGGAUGGUCUGCUUGGUAUUAGUGAUAGCAAAGCACCUGGCUGUGAUGGAUUCAAUGCACUAUUCUUCAAAAUGGCAUGGCCUAUGGUUGGGGACAAGAUAACAGAUGCAGUGAUGGAAUUCUUCUCAAGAGAUAACAUGUACCAGCCUAUCAAUUGCACAACAGUUACCCUAGUGCCUAAGGGCGUAAUGGAUGAUAUAGUAGAUAGAAGUCAGUCUUCAUUUGUGCCGAGAAGAUUGAUAAAUGACAAUAUAAUAAUGAGUCAUGAGCUCGUUAAAGGAUAUGGUAGGAAAGGCUUAUCACCAAGAUACGUGUUGAAAGUAGAUAUGAAGAAGGCCUACGACUCUAUUGAAUGGGAUUAUAUGGAGCAAGUCCUAAAGAGUCUACAAUUACCAGGAAAAUUUGUUCACUGGAUUAUAAGAGGUGAUACUAUAUUUGUGCAGCUAUUAUAUCAAUCCUUUCAAGAGUUCUCACAAGCUUAUGGAUUAGUUGCCAAUGCUGAAAUAACUACAUCUAUUUUGGAUGAGUCAGGGAGGAAAUACAACAGGAAAUACUGCAAAUGCUAG